AUGACGAGGUGCGAGACGAGGAUGAAUAGGCGUACGAUGAAUACACGUUCGACGACAGCCAGCGGCAACGACAAGAAAAACAGGAACGGCGAUGGCGCGACGAAGCAGGGACAGAAAACGAAGAGGGCGAAGAAGGCGAAGAGGGAGGAUUCCGCCACCAAGCGCUACAGGCUUAAGAGCCUGGAUCUUCAGCAGAAGAUCAGGCUUGCCCUGGAGGCCAGGCGGAUGGCGUCUUUAACCAAUCGUCAAAUUCCGAGGGAGUUCCAACCUUCCUUCCGAGGCAGUGGAGGCAUCCCAGCUCCUGCUUUCAUUGUUGGUCUAGAGCUUAUGGGAUGGCGCCGAUGUCAUAACGAGAGAUGGAAAAGGAUGACACCCAAGGAACACGUUCGCAUGCAACAGCAAGUGCUCAAACAGAUCGAAGCCCGCCCAUCUGAGUUUGACGCAUCCACUGGGAAACGAAUCCCCUCGGCUCGUUCGAUGCUCGGCAAAGGUGGCAUACUUCCACCUGAAGGGCUGACUGUCGAUGAAAGAUCUGCUUGGCACAAAGCACACAAUGCCCUCUGGGAGAGGCUGAGCGAGCGAGAACGCUGUGAGAUGAAGCAGCAGCAAACUUCCAACGACCACUGUUCCCGAAACGAUGCGCCCAAAAACAACACGGAGGUCGAAGUCGCGAGGGAACAGAAGGCACCUAAUGCUACAGCAGCCCAGGAGGGCAUCGAUUCCGUCCGCACGUCGAACAAGCGAGCUCGAUCCCCUGAAGGCUCUGACGCCUCGUCAGACUCUUUCUACUACGAUGCUGAGGAGGUCAUCACCGACAAGGAGUCCAUGACAAUGCCCCCGAGCCGAAAGCGAGUCCGCUUUAACGACUCAGGGCCAACAGAGGCCACCGGAGAACACCUCGGGCAGCGACUUGAGAAUGAAGAUGCCACGGCGGCCGAGCAGGAAAACCUCACAACGCGUCCCGACGACCCAGGGUCAGGAGUGACAGCCCAAGAAUCCCUCGCACCUGGCCUUGAGAUCCUAGAGCUAGCCGAAAAGUCCCUCGCGCCGCGCGUCUUCGUAACUCCGAACCCGAACGUCAACCAGCCUUUCAUACGCGUCGUCAACAUCGACUCAGAGGCCGAGUUCACGCAGAAGAUGAAUGAUGACGACGAUACACCGGUCAGCUACUUCGACUUUGGGCCCAAUUUCCAGCUUUCGGAGUACGUGUCUCCCCCUACCUUUGCCCUCGUCCCUCAUCCCUAUCCUUACCGUCGUCCCCCAUCUCUCCCUCUGUCCUCGUCUUUCAUCCCUACCGUCCACAUCCACGAAAUCCUCCUUCGCCGCCCCUCCUUCUUCCAGAGCGUCGUCCAAAUAACCGCCGGUUCCCCCGAGAUCCGCCUCCCGCUGACCGACAUCGGCCUUGUGCGCCUCGUCAGUGCAUGCACCAUCCUCGAGAACCUCAGCAUCCACGGCGGCAUCCACUUCUCCGACCGCAGCGUCGCGGCAGUGAUCUCCAACUGCAAGUACAUCCGCCACCUCGCUUUCUGCGGUGCGGACUUUGAGCCGAACUCCGUAUACGGAGCUGCGUUGCAUCAGCUGGUCGGACUCCCGGUCGCGACCAACCUGAACAAGAUCGUGCUGAAGAACACCCGAGUUAACGAGGCGAUGGUGAAGAGGCUUCGGGAUGAGAGACCUGCGUUGAAAAUCGGUAAUUCUGGCUGA